ACACACACACACACCAACAAGCUGUGAUCAAGUUUUUUUUACUGUGCUCUUCUUUAUUUUAGGGUUGGUGCAGAAAUUGGUUCAGAGGCUCUGGACAGUGAUAGCUGAGUAGGUGGCAGAGUUUGUCGCCGCUGAUGUGAGACAACUUUUCAGUCCCCUCAGAGGUCAGUAUGUCGACACGCCUGAGCGCACUGCCCACAUGUGUACGGUACAGACAGCUGAAUGACCCGCCGCGUCCUCUGUCAGCGUGCUUUGCUCGCCACACCUCAGAGGACACUUGAAUGCCUGUCGUCCUAACUGUUUAUUUCCACCGACCAGGCUUUUAUUUCUUAAAAAGAUAUCCGGAGGCAGCGGGAGGAAAGCUUCACGUUGCGCCAGAUGGAGCCUCCGGCCAAUCCGGGAGACGACCCGGUGGAGGUGGAGUUGGAGUUGACAGUGGAAAACGUGGAAUCGGCUCUCUACCAGCUUUACUUUGAUCCGGACAUGGAGCGGAAGAAUGUGGCCCAGAAGUGGCUGACCCAGGCCCAGGGCUCUGCACAGGCAUGGCAGUUCUGCUGGGCCCUGCUCAGCCCCGACAAGCUCCCAGAGGUUCAGUUUUUUGGGGCCAGUACCCUCCACACCAAGAUCUCACGGCACUGGAACGACCUCCCCGCAGACCAGCACGAGAGCCUGAAGAUGCAGCUCCUCUCCCACAUCUUGCACUUCUCCUCGGGGCCCAAAAUGGUGCUGACUCGUCUGUGUGUGGCCCUGGCUUCUAUGGCUCUUAACUUAAUUCCCCAGGCUUGGUCUCAACCGGUGGCGGACAUGGUGAGAGCGUUCCAACCGCAGAAACCCGAUUCUGAAGGUGGCUCUGGCGCGGAGGCCUCCCAGGACCCCCACGCGCACUGCCUCGCGCUGCUGGAGCUCAUCACCGUUCUUCCAGAGGAGUUCCAGAGCAGCCGGCUGGCUCAGGCUCGUCGUUCACAGCUGAGAGAGGCCCUGGCUGGAGAGUGGGCAGUGGUGUGUCCCCUGCUGCGUCAGCUCCUUCAAAGCCAGGACUCGUCGAACCAGGUGAAGGAUAAGGUGCUGCGCUGUCUGUCCAGCUGGGUGGGGCUGGAUGUGCCAUUAGGAGAGAGUCAUGAACUGGUUCAGGACUGUUUCACUGCACUGUCCAAUUCAGAGCUGUUUGACACGGCUGUGGAGACAAUAGUUAAUGCCAUCUCUCAGCCCGACUGCCAGAGGUACAUCGAUGCUCUGGUGAACCUGAUGCCUCUGGUUCUGGGUCUUCAUGACCAGCUGAAGACAGCAGCUCAGGAUGGGGACAUGGAGACCUCACAUGGUAUCUGCCGUAUCGCCGUUGCUAUGGGAGAAACACACUCCAGGUACACAAACUCACACCCUUGGCUUAUAACCUGGAAUCAGUAUGGCCCUCUUAAUUUUGUGUUUGUGUAUGACAGGGUUUUGCUGGAACAGGUGGAUCACUGGCAGGAGUAUCUGGCUCUGGUGAACAUGAUUCUGUACUGUACUGGGAUCCCUGGUCAUUACCCAGUCAGUGAGACCACCAGCUCCCUCACACUCACUUUCUGGUACACUCUGCAGGAUGACAUCUUGUCGUUUGAGGAGGAGAAACAGGCAGUUUACCUGCAGGUUUACAGGCCGGUUUACUUCCAACUGGUGGACGUGCUGCUACAUAAAUCCCACUAUCCCUCCCAGGAGGAAUACACCUCCUGGUCCCCUGAUGACAAGGAGCAGUUCAGAAUUUACAGGGUAGACAUUUCUGACACUCUGAUGUAUGUGUAUGAAAUGCUGGGGGCAGAGCUGCUCAGUAACCUCUACGACAGGCUGGGCCGACAGCUGAUGGACCCCCAACAGUCUGCAAUAUGGCAGGACACAGAAGCCCUGUUGUUUGGCUUCCAGUCCAUAGCUGAGACCAUAGAUGUGAACUACUCUGAUGUUAUCCCUGGUCUCAUUGGUCUGAUUCCUAGAAUCAACAUCAGCAACGUUAUGCUGGCUGACACUGUUAUGUACACCAUAGGAUCCUUGGCGGAGUGGCUGGCUGACCACCCGGUGAUGCUCGGCGGCAUAUUACCCAUGGUGCUCCAGGGUCUUGUGAAGGCAGAGUUGUCUGUGUCCAGUGUAUCCACUCUGAAGAGGAUCUGCAGAGAGUGUAGACAUGACCUCGGCCCCUAUGUUCAGGACAUCCUGACAGUGUCACAGGAUGUACUGAUUAAAGAAAUCCAUAAGAGCAGCCAGUGCAUGUGGUUGAUGCAGGCUCUGGGUUUCCUGCUGUCUGCCUUGCCGGUAGACGAGAUUCUGGGCAGACUUCACUCUCUCAUCACGCCUCACGUCCAGCGGCUGGAUACACUGGCCCAACAUGAGCCUAAUCCCACUAAUAAACAAUCCAUUGUCCACAUCCUGGGGAUGCUGUCCAGUCUCUUCACCACUCUGGACAUCAACAGGCAAGGAGACGGAUCAGAGGGAACAGCCAGUCCCAGAGUCACACCUUCACAGGCCACACAAAAUCCAGUUGUGGUUGUGCUUCAACAAGUGUUCACAUUGAUCCAGACCAUCCUCAGCAAGUGGCUUGAUGACUCAGAAGUAGUAGAGGCAGUGUGUGGGGUAUUUGAUAAAUCGGUUCGAACCCUCCUACAUGACUUUGGGCCCAUGGUGGCUCAGCUGAGUGAGAUGCUGGGGCAGAUCUAUAGCGCCUUCCCACAAGCCUCUGCUCUGGACCUGGCACGGCAGAUGGUUCACAUAUUUGCUGGAGACGAACAUCACAGCUCUAACAUCAAAGGCCUUACUGAAGUGCUGACCUCUUCCACACUCGCUAUAUUUCAACAAGGUCCGCGGGAUCAUCCUGAUAUUGCAGAAUCAUUUAUGCACCUUCAUGCUCAGAUUCUUAAAAGGAAGCCUGAUCUGUACCUGUCUGAGCAGCUGGAUAAAAAAGCACUGUUUUACUGUGGGAUUCUGUCGCUGAAGUUUCCAGAGACACCCACAGUAAAAGCUGCCAGUCUGUUCUUUACAGAGCUGCUGCCUCGCUGUAAAGACAUGCCGUCUCUCAGUGAGCUGCUGCAGAGGGAUGGGAAGCUGCUGACAGAGACCAUACUCCAGGCGGUUGGAGGCGGGGCUCCUCGCAGUCUGACAGAGCAUUUCUCUGAGGUGCUGCUGAGCCUAAACAGACACUGUCCAGCUCUGUUGUCCCAGUGGAUGAAAGAAACACUACAGACCCCAGGAUUCCCCUCGGCCCAGGUCUCCGCGGAGCAGAAACACACCUUCACUCAGCAGCUUCUAAGGGAGCAAACCAACAAGCGCCGCGUUAAGGAGAUUGUGAAGGAGUUUUCUCUGCUCUGUCGAGGCCUGCAGGGGUCUGGAUACUCAGAUUACUAGCCUCAGUAGCUCACUGAGAACGGUCAAAAUAAAGCAACCAAAAAACAAACAAACAAACAAACAAACACAAUCUGUUGCCAUGACUACUGGUGCCAAAUAGGACUUGGGAAUGUGAAACUGGACUCUCAUAAACCAUAAUACUUGGACUGAACCAAAGCAAAAUCAGACUAAAAUGAGAGUAAAUGGGCCUCUGUGCAACAUGUUUUUAAUAAAAUGCCAUUGUCAGUUCCAAAGCAGGAUAAAAUGAAGGAAAAAGUGUCAUAGUGCCAUAGUUUCCUGCUCCAUUUUUUUUGACUACUGACAAAACACCAAUAAACAAAACCUAUCUUUUGCAGCUGCACGAGCAACUGUGUGUGUGUGUGUUCACACAU